AUGUAUGACUCUCUCUCUCUAAAUCUCUCGCUCUCAAUCUCUCUCUCUCUCACACACACACACUCUCUCUCUCUCUCUCUCUCUCUCUCUCUAAAUUCUGUGCGAGGUAGCUCGAGUCCCAGGCUGGCAAAGGCUGAGAUUGGUGCCCCGGCCAAUGUAGACCUGGACGAUGACAACUCCCCCAUGCCCGACAAGCCAGAACUUGACAUCCAAUUUCGCGCUCUCAUGGAUACCAUGAAUGUACCACCAGACCACGAGCGCGACCUUCUUGCUAUGCCCGACGAGCGAAAAUGGAAGCUCAUCCGCUCUAGUACACAAACAUCAGUGGCAACCCCACCGGACCGGCUCGUUGAGCAGCUACGCCGCCAUCUUGACCCUGAGCUGCGCAACAAAAAGGUCAAGAAACCCAAGCUCAAGGACCUCGAGGUCUCCUAUGAUAUCCUACGCAAGCUGGAGGUCGCUCUCCGCACUAACGCCUCAAAUUGGGUCGAAGAAUUCUGCGACCCGCCCAACAGUGGGCACUUGGUCCUCAUCGAGUUUAUGGAAGACCUACCAGAUGCUUUGGAAUUCCGCUCUCCAAUCCCCGUCCUUCAACGUCUUCCGGAAGAACACCACCUCGGUAUUCUCUGCCUCAAGGCGCUCAUGCGUCACGACUAUGGCUUGCGAAAGGUCCUUGAUGAGCACGGCUUUGUGAACCGCAUCAUCCUCAACUUGGCCUCAGAAGUGCCUCGUACCCGCACCGCCAUCGUUCAGAUGAUGGCAGCUCUUGCUGCCAACCCCGGUGGCGGUGCCCUCAGAACGCUUGACGCCUUCCACUACUUUUCCAGUCGCGUGCUGGAGCACACCCGGUUUGAAACAGUCGUGCGCUACAUGACGGACAACCGAGCCGACGACGACUACAUCGUCGCCUGCCUCCGCCUUUUCACAACCCUACUUCGUAGCACCGACCAAGACAACACUCGCAUCUACAUUCAGAUGGACCUUGAACGCGCUGGCCUGCUAGACCAAAUCAAGACCAUGCGCAGCCACACCAAUCGCAUUGUGGAACGCUUAGUCAACGAGUACGAAGCCGAGCUUCUUGACGUCGUGGGCGUCUUGAAGAAGCGAGAUGAGUAUCGCAAACUGUAUCUCGAGGCCACAGAGCAGCUCUCCGCCACCAAACAGAAUCUUCAAGAAGCCAGCAUCGAACGCGACGAACUGCGACACAACUUUGAGCAUGCACGCGUGCAAGCCAGUGAUCUUGAGCAACAAUCCCAGGCCCAGAGCAAGGAAAUUGAAGCCCUCAAGGGCAAGCUGAACAAAACACGCGCGACCCUUUUGGAGCAGGAAGAACUCCUUAACGAUCAGCAAAAGCAAAUGCAAGAGCUGGAAGACGAGGUCGCCCGGGCUGCGGAGCAACUGCGCCAACAACAGCUGGCAUUUAAGCGCCAAGCUCAGCGCCGUCGCAACGCUCCAAUGCGUGAUUCCGUUGAUACAACUAGCGCCACGGCGGAUACUAAUGCUGACUCGCUCCCGCCACCUCCGCCACCCCCCGCUCCUCCCAUGCCCAACUCGGAUGCCCCUGCCGCUCCGGUGCCACCUGCUCCGCCGCUGCCCCCCAACCUCGUCGCCCCACCGGCACCUCCCCUGCCCGGAGGCGGUGGCAUUCCGCCGGCACCACCCAUCAUGUCCUUUGGAUAUGCGCCCGAUGGCAUGAAGCCCAAGCGUCGUAUUCAUCCCAACGUUGCCCUCCCCUUUCUCAACUGGCGCCCGCUGCGUAAGAUCACGGACACCAUCUUCGAAGAGUUGGACGACGAGGCAAUUCUUGCCACCUUUGAUUUUGCCGAGUUUGAAUCGGCUUUCCGCGUCAAGGAGGGCAAAGGCAUUGAUGAGCUUCGCAAGAAGGCUGGUAAACGCCACCAAGAGUCCAUCACCGUGCUCGAGGCCAACCGUGCGCACAACUGCGUCAUCACCACGCGCCGCGUGGGCAUGUCGUCCGAGGACUUGCGUGCAACCGUCCUCUCGACUGAUUUGACGCUGCUUCCCGCCGAGCAUGCUGAACUACUUCUGAACUACGUUCCUAGCCCUGAAGAAGUCGCGGCGUUGGAGAAGCACACGCACCAUCGCGAGCGACUGGCAGAGGCUGAGCGCUUCAUGCUGGAGACCCUCAACGUCGACCGCUUCGAAUCCAGGCUGCGCGUCAUGGCCUACAUUGGCUAUUUCGAUGAGGUUGUCUUGCAGGCAAUGCCACAAAUUGAAGCUGUGCUAGCGGCCUCACAGGCACUGCAGCACAGUACUGCCUUUAAGAAGUUGCUCGAGAUCAUCUUGGCCUUUGGCAACUACAUGAACUCGGCCAAACGCGGACCAGCAUAUGGCUUUAAGAUUGAAACAUUCAAAACGCUGUUGGACACGAAAUCGUCGGAUCGCAAGAUGACCCUGCUUCACUAUCUGGUCAAAGUGGUCCAGAACCAUUACCCUGACGUGGAGCGUUUCAUCGACGAUCUCGAGGCCGUGGGUGAUGCCGCGCGUGUAUCCAUCGUCACGCUAUCCACCGAUGUCCAGGGUCUACGCAAGGGCAUUGACUUGGUUUUGUACGAGCGCGAGAAGCAGCAAAAUAAUUUCAUCCUGCAUUCCUUCUAUUUGCAUGCCGUUCAAAAAGUUGCUCGCAUUGCGGAGCGUUUCAAUAGCAUGUCAGAGCAAUACCGCCGCGUCUGCGUACUGUAUAAUGAGGUGCCGGACAAGAUUGAACCCUUUGAAUUUUUCUCAGUGUUUGAGGAAUUUGUCAACAACUUCAAGCGGGCCAAGGAAGAUUUAUCUCGGGUGGCGCGGGCUGAGGCGCGUCGCGCUGCGGGUGAUACCCUGCUUCCAGUCCAGCACAUGCGCAACGAGGACAUUGCUUUACCCAGUCACCCAGUUUUGGGCGUCACCAGCAAGCGACUCUAGCCUGCAGUAGUGUAGGGUGAUGUUGUUUAUUUCUUUUUACUAUCCAUUAUAUUUUUGCCCCGCGAUCCUGCCUGUCAGGGUCCUGUGUGUGGCGCUGGAAGCAUGCGCGCUUGUGAGCUCGACUGUUGUGCCAAACUUGCCGUGAUGUUGACAGGGUGAUCCCCCCUGCCCCCUCCAAUUUGUUGAUGUGUAUGUAGAAAAUAUGGGGCACAUGCCCAUUCACACACGACUUUUGAGCUUUUGGUCCACCUCGCAGCCUCAACCAGGGCCCUUUGCCCUGCCAACGGCAUUGUCCUGGCCGGUAUAAUUGACUGACCUUAAUAGC